AUGAGCAACAAUCCAUCCAGCACCGGCGUGGAACCCGAUGACACAGCCCCUUCGCAGCAGCCUCCAUUGGGGUCCACCAGCCAACCGCAGUCAUCUCCAAGCGGACAUCAGCAGCCCGAAACCUCUCCUCCAUCCAGUGGAGAGCUCAAGUACCUCAUCGUCGAAGACAACAUGGUAAACAGAAAGGUCAUGGAGAAGCUGUUGGGCAAGCUGGGGAUAGAGGGGCAAUUCCAUAUGACUACAAACGGCCAAGAAGGCAUCGACGCCUACAAGAAGAAUCCGCAGCAGUGCAGAUUAAUCUUUAUGGACAUAUCCAUGCCCAUCAAGGGCGGCAUGGAGGCGUCCAAGGAGAUUCGGGACUACGAGCGUGAACAUGGCCUUUCUCCUGCUGUCAUCGUGGGCAUGCACCCGCGGAUGGUCGUCACUAAACAAUUUGACAGUCAGGUUGAGAGAUUCAAGAAUGAGUUUGGGAUGGAUGGGGCAAUUGAGAAGCCUGUUCGUACGGAUGCACUCAAGUCUGUUAUUGAGAAGUGGCCUGUAUGA